AUGUACAUAGCAGUGGGGUUGGUGUUGUUAUGUUUCGUGGUGCUCGCUGUGUGGACUACAUGGUUCAGGCAGAAACCUGAUGCACCUCCUUUGAUGCCAGGUAUUCUCCCGAUAAUAGGACAUUCACAUCAUCUUAUCGGAGACCGUACACGUGAGUUAAUAUCAUUUAACUUUAUUUUUUCAUUGAAUUUACAAAAGAAAAUCCUAAAGUGGGUCACUACAUUUUUAACCGAUCCAGAUGAUUGCCUUAAACUGGUCAAUACAUGUUAUAGUAAAUCUUACAUCUAUGACUUUGCAAAGGACUUCAUAAACAAUGGAUUAAUUACAGCAGACGCGGCCACAUGGAAAGUGCACCGCAAAUUAUUAAAUCCUGCUUUUAAUCAACAAGUUUUGGAUACAUUCAUUAACGAAAUGAAUAUUCAAGCACGAAAUGUUGUCUCAAAUCUGAAAAAUGAAUUAGACAAGAAGUCUUUUGAUGUUCUGCGCCACAUAGUCAGCUUCACGCUAUCAACUGUUAGCCGAACAUCUCUUGGGUUAACUGAUGAGGAUCAAAAGAUAAUAGACACGGAUUAUGCUGCAGCUAUCGACUCCAUAUUUGCUCUGUACUGCGACAGAUUCCAAAAAGUGUGGUUGCAUCUCAAUUUUAUUUUUAAGUGGAGCGAAAUAAAACGCAAACAAGAUCGACUAUUGAAAAUUUUGCAUAACAUUAUGAUUCCGGUAAGAUAUUUUUGUAAAUUUAAACCAAUUCUUGAUCAGAUGCUUCAAAUGGCAAGUGAUCAUGGAGUUUUCUCAGAUGAAGACAUCAGAGAACACUUAGAUACUCUCGUAGCAGCAUCAUAUGAUACAACUUCUUCAGCGAUGACCCACAUGUUGCUGGCGAUUGCAACUUACCCAGAAAUACAGGACAGAAUAUAUAAUGAAAAAGGAAUCUUUUUCAGAAUACAAGAAGUUCUGGAGAACAAAGAUGAUGAUUUUACUAAACAUGAUCUACAGAAGUUGGUCUACUUAGAGGCAGUAAUGAAAGAGACGUUGAGAUUGCACAGUGCUACUCCAAUUAUAGGGAGAAAAGUUGAUGUGGAUGUUAAAUUAAAUGUUUUCUAUUACAUUCCAGAAAACUGUACAUUACGUGCCAACAGCACUUGUGUCAUUGGUGUGUAUGCUCUCCACCGUCAUCCUCUCUGGGGUCCCGAUGCAAAUGAAUUCAAACCAGAGCGCUGGUUGGACCCUAGCAUUUCUUCAUUACUUGAGAAGCCUGCCCUCUUUGCUGCCUUUGGUAUUGGCAAACGACACUGCAUCGGAAACUCGUACAGCAUGCUGAUGAUGAAGAUAGCACUAGCACACAUUGUUCGACAAUAUCAUAUUUCUGGCGAUAUUAACAAAGUAGUAUGUGAAUUUGACAUAGUUUUGAAACCGGUAUCAGGACACCAUAUUGGUUUGAAAUUAAGAUCUUAA